AUUUUUAUUAAAUGCAAGAUUCUAUUAAUGAUGACAAUUAAAUCUAAUUAAGUAUCGAACAGAUUAUUUGUGAUAUUAGUAAGAAUUGUUAAAAAUGGUAGAAAAAAGAUGUGCCUCCAAAAUGUGUUUUAAUAGUACACGAGAUUCACCACAAAUACAUUUCUUCACAUUUCCUACUAAUCAAGAACAUGCUCGAAUUUGGGCAGAAGCAUGUGGUAUACCAGAAUUAAUGCUCAAAAGUAAGACUUCUAUUAAACGUUAUGUACUCUGUGCUGAACAUUUUGAGGAUCACUGGUUCAUUGAUCCCAAACGUAAGACUGCAUUUAUUAAAAAUAAAAUACCUAUACCUACAAUAUUUAAAAAUAAUUUGAAAGAAUGUAUAUCAAGGCAAACCAAUGCUACAAUUGAUACAAAUAUUACCAAAAGUAAAAGCAUUGUAGAAGAAUUAAAGGAUUACAUCACAUAUAAUGUAGAAGAAGAAAAUAAGCAAUCAAAUAGACAUCUGUCAGUGAAAGAUAAAAAAUCUGUAUGUUCUGUCAAACCGAUAAAUGACAUAGUGAAUAACGACAAAGAUAGUACUAUAAUAACUACAGUUGCAGAAUCACAUCGUGAUGAUACUUUGCAAAAGGAUGUAGAAGAAUUGUGUCGUCUCUGUGCAUUGCCUACGUCAAAUAAUAUGCUUCAUUCUAUUUAUGAUAACGAUAUGGAUAAAAAAAUUAAUACAAUUUUACCACUUCAAUUAGAAGUACAUAAAUAUGAUGGUUUACCUCAAGAGAUUUGUCAUUUAUGUAUACAUAAAGUUAAAUUAUGCUAUGAUUUUAUUCAACAAUUUCUUGAUGCAAAUUCGAAGUUGUUAAUGCAUAAAAAUGAACGACAAGAUGUAGAAACUGAAGAAGAUAAUUUACUUUUAGCCACAUUAUCUGAAAGAUCGUUGUUUUCAGCAACAGAAUCGAUAUGUGAUGAUAAUGUUCAUUUAGAUGAUGACAAUUAUCAAAAUAUAGAAAAAACUAAUUAUUAUACUUAUACUCCUUCAGCACAUAAAAAUGAAUCUGAUGAUGGUAAAGAUGAUAAAGAUGAUAGAAAUAAUUCUACACAUUAUACAGAGCAUUCAUACAAUUUACCUUUAAGAAAUAUCCCUGAACGAACAAAUACAUUAGAUGAUGAUAAAUUAGAUGAAAUAAAUAUCGAUAAUGUAUCGAACGAUAUGCAUGAUAUCGUUAAUAACGAUAAUAUUGUUAAGAAAAAUACUAGCAUAACCUAUAAUUGCAAGACGUGUAAUGAAUUAUGUCAUAGCAAAUUAGAAUUGCAUAGACAUAAUGAAACGCAUAAAGAAGAAAACAAAUUUUAUUGUGCACAUUGUCCUAAAAGUUUUCGCGUUAAAUCUUUAUUAAAACAACAUAUGUGUUCGCAUUCUGGAACGCGACCAUACGUUUGUGACAUAUGUGGAGCAAGUUAUAAUAGACGUGGUAAUAUGGGACAACAUAGGAAAACGCAUUUUGUUAUUGAAAAUGGAGAACCACGUUUGAUCAAAGAAGGUAUCAGAUGUAGUAUUUGUAGGAAAAAAGUGAAAUCUCUUCUUAUGUUGAAAUAUCAUCUUGCAAAGCACAAUGGUGAAAAGAAAGCUUACGUAUGUACAAUUUGUGGAAAAUGUUUUACUACGGGAAGUCAAUUAAAGGUACAUCAAUUUCUUCAUACCGGUGAAAGACCAUUUACUUGUCCUGAAUGUGGAAAAGGUUUUCGAACAGAAGCAAUAAUGAAACAACACUAUUUGGCUCUUCAUACCAACGAUUAUCCACACAAAUGUCCAUAUUGUGAUAGAAAAUUUAAACGUUUGCAAUCAUUAAUUGUACAUAAAAGAACUCAUACUGGAGAACGUCCUUAUCCUUGUCCAAUAUGUGGUCGAGCAUUUGCUCAAAAAGGAGAUAUGAUGAAACAUACCAAGAUUCAUAAUUCAUCAGUAGAUAAACAUAUUAAAAAUACAAAUAAUUAUCUUGAAAUGCAAGUUAUUGACGAUGAUAAAAUUCAAAUAAGAUCAACUAUAUCCGAAGAAAUAACAAUAUUUGAGAUAGAAGAUGAUGGAAUAACGAAUGAAUUUAUUAAUUCAGAAAAUUUGAAUAAAUAGUCAUGCUUUUUUUUUACUUCAAAAGAUAAUAAUGUGUCCAUUGUCAUCAAUCAUGUGUCCAUUUUUUCUUGUCGUUGUAAAAUAUUUCAUUUCUUCGUCUCC